GGCCCUAGGGUACAACAUAUGGAGAAAAGGUGAACUCCCAAUGAAAUAGACUACGGACAGCCGUAUUGGGUUUUUUUUAUGGCUUCAGGAAAGCAGACCCUUCGGCACAUCGUUUCAUUUGCGCUGGCAUUGCUAUAGGAAAUUAAUUGGGUGUUAGUCAAAUUUUAAAUGUAGGCUACGAGAAACUCGUUCCAUGUCAUCAGAUGACCUGGAGAGUUCAGAAGCUGUCUUACCAAUAAAAUAUUUCUAUCAAAUCAGCUACCCAAGACAAUACUCUAUGUAACGGUGUGGAGAAAACGUUCCAUACCAAUAAGGCUUUCCAAUGAUAUGCUAGUUUAAGAGAGAGUCUGUUUGAUAACUACAAGUUGUCAUGGAGGAAAGAUUCCCAACCGUUUCUCAGGUUCUUGCGUUCCUCAAGAUGACAUCAUCGUCCUCCCAGUUGACCGUUGCUAAGGACGCCACGCGCUGGCUCUUCAGUAAAUAUACCGGGAUGAAAACGCCACCAUGAGUCAGUUUCAUAGUCUCAUCUAUGACUGCCUGAUUGACACAAGACACGUAGAACAUGCGGCAAUAUUACUACCAAAAAAGACAAUCCCUGUGGCGGCAUCCACACACUUUAAGUUGUCGUCACAACAGGUACAAAUGUUUGCGGACGCUUUCAAACAGUUGACGUAUACGAGAGAGAAUGGAUUCUACUUUCAAGAGAGGUUAUUCUCUUGUGUCCGGUCUGACAAGAAUUCUAUUUACUCCAAAUGUGGAGGGCAUGGCUUGCUGCUGGUAAAGACAGCUCUGUUCAUCAUUGUAGUUACAUACAACGAAAACAUGUACCCCAGUGUGUGUGUGGAAGCAGUGGAGAAACUGGCAGAGUAUUUGCGAGACAAGGGGAAAUGAAGAUGGCAUUGAAGUUCUCACUCGUCCAACAUGACUGUCCAUUUUAAUCUUCUAAUGUGGGAGGGAUCAACCAAAGUAUAGUUUCAAAUAAUUAACAUGGUUUCUUACUGUGGGCAUAUUGUAGUACAGAAGUUCUGAAUAAAACAGAUUUUAUUUUAUUAGGACAGAUUAGGUGUGAUUAUUUGUUUAUUUUAAGCAAAAAAUGACUCACUAACUUUCACAUAUGGUAAAAGAAAUGCAAUAAUUCAUAUGAGACCAUCUUGACCUCCAACUUUCCAGUAUAGGCUUAUAAAAUAUGUCUGU